UAGUUCUAGUCCUUAGUCCUUACACCUUAAUACAAUGUACUUAAUUCGUGAAGUGAUCUCAUGUUAGUGAUUGUCCAAUUUCGUGUAAUGACGUGUUUACGUUCAAGAACUGGUACGCAUUUGAGGCAGACUGUGCCCGAUAUUUUAACGUUUGGCAAGGAAGCGAAUUACAUUCGUUUUCUUGCAACAUCUGAAUAAAAAUGAUUUUCAUUAAGUGAUUUCACGAAAAUGAUGUUCAUUAAGUGAUUUCACGAAAAUGAUGGAAAAGACUGAACAAAAUCAUGAACCUUAUUCCGGAAGCGGAAACCAAUCUGAGCAGAUUGCAGGCGGAUGCCAAAAGCCACAGGGACGGCGCUGAAUUACAGUCAAGUUUUCAAGUCUCCAUUUAUAGACUGUGUCAUCUGAAUAUUCAAAACUGACAGAAAACUUCAUCUACUUCCUAAGACCAAAAUGAACUGCUCCAGAUUAAUGGUGCUGCUGUCGAUAGCCAUUGUUACAUCAGCUAAUACACAUCAAUUGAAUAUGAAAGGCAUGGACAUGCGUGAAAUUAUCGAUGCAUAUUUAAGAGAGGAACGUCACCUUCAGAGAUCAGAAACUGUCGUUGUUCCAGAGCCCAAAGUCCGUUUGAUGGCAAACACAGGAUGCUUUUGGAGCGGAACAUCGCCAUUUUGUAACGGAUUCUGCGGCAAAGGUUUCAAUAUGAUUGUCAAGGAUAAAUCAGGAGACGGAAUCAGAUGUUGGUUUGGAAUUAAAAAGCUCUGCUGCCCACUGCAGGGCUGAAUCCUGGCAUCGAUGAAACGCAGCCCUUUCAUGGACAGUGACUUCAGGGCGAUUUUCAAUGAAUACAUACAAUUUCGUUCUUAAAUCUUUUGUAAUUUACCUACGAAAAUUCAGGCCUCGUUAGGUGUCACGGAAGGCGAUGAAUUUUGAACGAAUUUGAAUUUUCAUCGUCGUCGUAUAACUGCAGUCAUUUUUUCUUGAUCAGUUUGGCUGAUUUCCCCGUACUAUACUUGUUAUUGCGGUAUUUAACUUCGAUCAGCGUCUAUACGAGAUAUCACCAGUUCAAUCAGAUUAUAGUGACAUGGUUGAAUUAUUGGUGCACCGACCAGGAAAUCCGUUCCUUUUUCAGCGGAUGCGAAUUAGACCACACCAAUAGAUAUAUUUUGGUCUACUGAUUAUGCAAGACCAGUAUUUAAAUUGAAAGGUUUAAUCGAUGUGAGGAGUAUAUCGAAACAUUAUAGUGCGUGACUUUCGGUUACGUUGGAGACACUCGCUUUACGUCGUGUCUCUAUGCUGGUACAUUUCUUCUCCCACGAUGCAUUUAUCAAUCGUUUUGAUGAUAAACGUGGCUGCCGUUAUGUUUGCCAAAUGUAAUCCGAUAGAUUCUGAAAUUGAAAUGCUUGAGUGGCUUGAUAAUCCCAAUGCUUACCUAAGGGAUUUCAAUCAAGAAACAGAAGAGCGUGAAUGGCUUGAUGAUGCUUUUGAGCAUUUCAACGAUGUUCGCCAUGUUAACUACGCAAUGGCUAGGAAUCAGGAAGAAUUACGCUCACAGAUGAACGAAAUGGAACAACAUGCCGCGGUGGACGGGAGUGUGAUGCCAGUAGAGGAACAGAAAUCCGAACAAGAUUCUCAAGAAGAGCAGAAAUUAGAACAAAAUGCCAUGGAACAAAUGAAUUCUGAACAAUCUUCCGUAGAUGGGAAAUAUGCGGAAUACGUUACGUAUGGGUAUCGGUAUAGUAGACCUACUCCUCCUGCAUCUAUCCAGGUGGAAACAAAACCAGAGAAGAUUCCUGUAGCAGAAAAUAAAGCGGAUGAGAUUCCAGUAGUACUGGAACAAGACCAAGCCACGGAGCGUAAUCCCCAACCGGUUUUCGUAGAGGAGCAGAAAGCGGAACCGGUUCCAGUAGAGGAAACGAAACCCGAAGGCGUUUCGGUGGUACCGGAACAAGUUCUAGUAGAUGUACCACAACCGGUGCAAAUUCCAGUGGUGGAGACGAAACCCGAACAGUUUCCAGUAGAUGCACCGCAACCGGGGCAAGUUCCAUUGGUGGAAGAGAAACCCGAACAGGUUCCGGUAGAUGGACCGCAACCGAUACAAGUUCCAGCGGUGGAGACCAAACCGGAACAGGUUCUAAUAGAACCAAAGAAACCUGGAGACGUCUCGGAGGUACCAGAACAAGUUCCAGUAAAUGUACCGCAACCGGUACAAAUUCCAUUGGUGGAGACCAAACCCGAACAGGUUCCAGUAGCGGAGACGGAACCGGUACAAAUUCCAUCGGUGGAGACCAAACCCGAACAAGUUCCAGUAGCGGAGACGGAACCCGUACAGGUUCCAGUAGGGGAGACGGAACCCGUACAGGUUCCAGUAGUGGAGACGGAACCGGUACAAAUUCCAUUGGUGACGACCAAACCCGAACAAGUUCCAGUAGCGGAGACGGAACCCGUACAGGUUCCAGUAGGGGAGACGGAACCCGUACAGGUUCCAGUAGGGGAGACGGAACCCGUACAGGUUCCAGUAGUGGAGACGGAACCGGUACAGGUUCCAGUAGCGGAGACGGAACCGGUACAGGUUCCAGUAGCGGAGACGGAACCCGUACAGGUUCCAGUAGUGGAGACGGAACCCGUACAGGUUCCAGUAGCGGAGACGGAACCCGUACAGGUUCCAGUAGCGGAGACGGAACCCGUACAGGUUCCAGUAGCGGAGACGGAACCGGUACAAAUUCCAUUGGUGACGACCAAACCCGAACAAGUUCCAGUAGCGGAAACGGAACCCGUACAGGUUCCAGUAGCGGAGACGGAACCCGUACAGGUUCCAGUAGAACAACAGAAACCAAAUCCCAGUCGCCCCAUAGAUUUUGAGGAAUCGGGAUGCUUUUGGAGUGGGACAUCGCCCUUCUGCCAUGGCAAAUGUGGAACUUUCUACAGAGCCAAAAUCAUAGACAAAACGGGCGACGGAAGAACGUGCCUCACGGGAAACAAAAAACUGUGUUGUCCCAUACCAUCCAAUCAAUUGAAGAGCUUGAUUGACCUGUACAAGAACCUGUAAUUGAAAGCGAUCUACUGUACAACGACAUCAACGAAUCCAAACGGCUCAUUUUCCCCCUCACACUUCGCGUCUAAUAAUCCAAUGUUUUCUAGACCAUUGCAGUUUGCUUCCUACCCCAAACACGUCUAACAAUUACCAACAGUUUAUUCAUUUUAAGUGGAAAUAAAAAAUAUGAAGUCAUUUUUGUUAGGCGAUUCAUUUCCUGCCAAAUGAUGAUGGAAAGGGGUUAAAGUUGGGAAACACGAUCCUGUUAUUGUCUCUUCCUAUAAAAAAAAACGCUUUCACACCUAUACAUAUUUCACAAAUGAUUGAAAGUGAUGUCUCCAGUGGCGCAGUUGGUUAGCGCAUGGUACUUAUAUGUCAGUAAUCUGAAUGCGCGGAGGAAUUGUAUGAUUCCUGAAGAAAUGCCGAGGUCGCGAGUUCGAGCCUCGCCUGGAGAAAAUGGUUUUUAUGUUGGUCCCAUUUCGAUUAUGUCGCUGUCUGUGACACUCUGAUUGAAAUGUGUUACUUUUGCUGGGAUAAAGUUAGACGAGAAAGUAUUAAAAUACAUCUCCAGUGGCGCAGUUGGUUAGCGCAUGGUACUUAUAUGUCAGUAAUUUCAUUGUGCUAAGCAUCGAGUGGUUCGUGAGGUAAUGCCGAGGUCGCGAGUUCGAGCCUCGCCUGGAGAAACAUGUUUUAAUCCGAUGGACAAAUGUUGGAAAAAACUCAUGUACAAAUGCACAAAGCACCGACUGUUCAUUCAAUUGUGUUUGGUAAACGAAGUUUCAAUUUGUAAUUCAAUUAGAAAUUUAUGACCUGUUAUCGAAGUCCACGUUAUAUCAAACGAAAAGAGCCCAAUGAGCCCAAUGACGCAUUUCUAUACAGCCCGUUGUUUCCCGCGUCGCAUCAAACAAAAUUUCGUCUACUUUUCUCACCCUAAACUCUUGCGGCUGAUUAAAAUUCUUGCACAAAUAUACGGAAACCACUUUUCGUAUCGUAGCUUAUAAAGGUUUUGCUUCUAAACGACACGGUGGCAGAGAAAACUAUUUUUGGUGGUAAAUGUUUUUAUCAACAGGAAGGUGCGUGCACAGCGUUUCACACAUCGAUAUGUAUCGCCAAACCACGUCCUUUGUGCUUGAUAAGUCUGAGGCGUUCGAAUGUGUGAAGGGAUUGACUGACUUUAUUCUAGAUUGUUUGCGCGUCAAAGAAGCUUCAUCUUUAUAGAGCUCUCCUGUCGACGAACAUAUCCAACCAUGAAGUCUUUGAUCAUUUUGGUGUUGGCUGUUGCUAUGUUUACCAACGCACAAAAUUUGGACACUAUCGAAGUGGAAACUCGUGAUAAUCCUAGCGCUUACUUACGAGAGAAACGUCAAAUUUUUUUGCCACAAGAUGUAAGGCCACAAACUGCAGUCCCACAAGUUCUAGUCCCGCAAGUUGCCGCACCAGUCGAUUUCCUAUCGCCAAGUUCUGGAUGCUUCUGGAGUGGGACGUCGCCGUUCUGUAUCCCAGCCUGUGGUAAGAAUUUCCACGAAGUUUUGACUGACAUCAGAGGAGACGGGAAACGUUGCUGGACGGGCUUUAAGAAACGUUGCUGUCCCAUACCUCCUGGUAUGAUUAAGUUUAAGGGCUAGAUUGCUUUGUGAAAAACAAAAGAAAACACCCAGUGUCAACGUUUUGCCUUCGUCCUUGCUUAUGACAUAAACUGUCUAAUUUAUUUUUCCCUGGCUAUUGAUUCCGAUUCCUUCUUCUUUCAAUAACUGCUUACUAUCCCGUUCAGUUCAGUUCAUUUCUUCUUUAGUCCCAGGGAAAAACAAUAUUUCUUUUCGAUCUACAGACACAGAACGAAGGAUUCAUUGGUGUUACAUGUUUUGUCAACUGUCCUUCCGUUUCAAUACAACAAAAUGAUUUGCAUUCCUUAA